AUGCCCGUGGAAAAGCAGUCAAACGCGGAACUGGACACCAAUUGGAGAUGUCGAGACGAAGGUGCCACGGCGAGUUCGCAGCCAGAGCCGGAGAUCAAGAAACAUGAGUGUUAUUGGGAAGCAAAAGGUCCAAAAAUUGGAAUUAAAAAAACUGAAGGGAGUGCUCCAAAGUACCUUCCACCACAUCUCCGUAACAAACAAGUGAGCAAGAAAUUUGAGCCCUACUGCCUAUUGCUCUACCUCUGAUCCUACCGGUGACGACAAAACGCGGAUUAAGGAGAUCAGAAUUCAUCAGCGCGGUGAUCAGUGGAUAAUUGACAUGGACUCGCUAAAUGUGAAACCUGACUCAUGUAGCACUAAGUUCUCGAAAUUCGAUCAGGAACUAGGCAAGGAUUCGGAAAGUGGAGAAGCAACCACACCACCAGGGUGCAAUUUGAAUGCCACUCUUGCUAACGUGGCAGUUUUGCUGAAAACCCCGAAGCUUGAACUCGAUCUGCUCAGAAUUGAUCUUCCAGAGUUGAUUCAGGAUGAGCAAAAGGAAUUGUUCUUUGAUGCGAUGGAGAAGGUUUUCAAUUUGGAAAUAGUGUAUGAGGUCAAUGUGAAGACAGUUCGGCUCACUGGAUUCACCAUCGGCCAAACGGGGAGUGUUUUGAAAAGGGUUUCGGCGGAAAAGCUGCAAACUAUUUUAGUUUACUCGAGAAAUGUUUCUAUCGAUAAACAGGAUGUUACUCGGAUUAAAAAUACCAUAUCCACCUUCCCGAAAUUGCAAAGAGGUAGCUUCCAUGUUGAUAUUCCAAAUCCUCUCGAAGUUGCCAAAGUUUUUGAUGAAAACUAUUUGGAUCCAAUGGUGGAGGCUCCGAUCGUUCUGGAAAGUUCUGAUGAAAAUUCCAACUUCCAUGUGUACAUCACAAAUUAUGAAAUUCAAAUGAAGAAGAAGGCCAAAAAGACUUGGAUUACUCAAUUUUAACC